AUGGAUUGGUUUCACUGCAACCUGUGUUUCCAAAAAGAUGGGGCCCAUUUCUUUGUCACCAGCUGUGGCCAUAUUUUCUGUAAAAAGUGUUUGACUCUGGAUAAAUGUGCUGUUUGUGGAACUGCCUGCAAGUAUCUGGCUCUUUCUGAUAAUCUGAAACCUCAGGAGAAGAUGUACUUCAAAAGCCCUGUGGAGACAGCUUUGCAGUAUUUUAGUCACAUCUCUCAGGUGUGGAGUUUCCAGAAGAAGCAAACAGAUCUCCUCAUCGCCUUUUAUAAGCAUAGAAUUACCAAGUUAGAAGCAGCCACGCAGGAGGCACAGCAAACACUGACUAACCAGGACAAAGAGCUGUCAGUCUUAAGGAAAGAGAAUGGAGAACUGAAGAAAUUGCUAGCCAUCCUAAAGGAAUCUCCAAGUUGGUACCAAGGAAGCAGGUCAACCACACCUCGACCAGUGGGCAUUACUUCUCCAUCACAGUCAGUUACUCCACGACCCAGUUCUCAGCAUAGCAGCCAAGUGGUCAGUCGGUCCUCCUCAGUGGAAUCUAUCCUUUAUAGAGGGGCUGGCUUUAGUAACUUGGGACAGGGAGCCAGAGCGCUGCAGGGAAGGAGCACUCCAAGAGACUCUUUUACUGAAACCCCUUCACCAGCUUCCACUCACAGCCUAUCUUAUAGACCUUCAUCUGCCUCCUCCGGACAGGGGAUUUUUUCUUUCAGACCAUCCCUAAGUGGUGGGGAUUCAGGUCAAAUAGGAGUCCUCACCCCCAAUAAUUCAGGUCAGAGGGAGAGCAGAACCACACUAGAGGGUCUUCCUGGUUUCCACCUACCAGCCCUACAGAAUCUCUACCAACAGAGGCAGAUGGGAUUAGCCAGGGGGAGAGAAGCAUGGAACACUCCCAGAUAGACCAUUUUCAAGAUCUGAUCUAUAUAUACUGCUGAAGGACGGACGGUAGCAUCUCAUACUCAUUUAGGUGUGAUGGCCUUGGAAAAUGUACCCCUACCUUGUUUCCUGGUUUCACUCUGUACCUUCUCUCUCUCAAUCUUAACCCUAUACACCCUGUAUUACUUCCUAUGAAAAUGAUCAGGUCAGAGCUUCAGGAAGAUGUUUAUAUCUCUCCCACAAGAUACAGAUAGCUCCCUUAUUUCCUGCAACUUGAAACAAGGUUAUAAAAACAAUUCUUGGCAU